GCGGAAUCCCCGCCCCUCCGAUCCGGCCCCGCCCACGGCCCAACCCCGCCGCGAGCUCGGCGCCCGGUCUUCCCUGCGCCCGCCCGGGCCGGGUCCACCCUCGACGCUCUGAGGUCACCGACGGGGCUGGCCUGCGGGGGGCGGAGGGACGGAGGAAAGAUGGCGGCCGAGGCCGGAUAUUGGCGCCGCCUCCCCCAAUCCUGGAGCCGGCGCAGAUGAGGCGGCUCGGCUGGGGCCAGCGGCGCGUCGGAACCCGAGCUGGGGGGACCCUGGCGGUGGGGCCUGGCCCUACUAUAUGCCGGCGCCUCAGCUAGAGUGAGCGCGGCAGCCGCGGAGACGCCUCUUUGCUUGGGCUCUUUCCCUGUCGCUGUGAGGCCGAGCGGGUGGCGGACGGCAGAGGCGGCGGGACCGGGAUGGAGGACGUUAACUCCAAUGUGAACGCGGACCAGGAGGUGCGGAAACUGCAGGAGCUGGUGAAGAAGCUGGAGAAGCAGAACGAACAGCUGAGGAGCCGCUCCGGGGCCGUGCAGGGCGCCGGCUCCCUCGGGCCCGGCAGCCCGGUUCGGGCCGGCGUGUCCACUCCCUCCUCCGGCUCGGCGUCCCCUCGGGGCUUCCCCUUGGGCCUCAACGCCAAGUCCGGCGGCGGGGCCGGGUCGGGCUCGAGGAGGACGAGUAGCGAGGAGCUGCGGGACGCCACCUCCUUGCUGGCACCGGGCGAGGGCGGCUUGCUGGACGAGGUGGAGCCGCUGCGGCCCGAGGAGCUGGAGCGCCUGUCAGGCUGGGAGGAGGAGGAGGAGAGCUGGCUAUAUUCAUCACCAAAGAAAAAACUUACACCAAUGCAGAAAUCAGUUAGUCCAUUAGUUUGGUGCAGGCAAGUUUUGGAUUACCCAAGUCCUGAUGUUGAAUGUGCUAAAAAGUCUCUUAUCCACAAACUUGAUCAAACUAUGUCAGCUCUAAAGAGGCAGAAUUUGUAUAAUAAUCCUUUCAACUCCAUGAGUUACACAAGUCCUUACAGUCCAAAUACAAGUAGCCCAUACAGCAGUGGUUUCAAUUCUCCGUCCUCAACCCCAGUACGACCUCCUAUAGUCAAACAGCUAAUACUUCCUGGAAAUUCAGGUAAUUUGAAAAACUCAUCAGACAGAAAUCCUCCACUCAGUCCUCAGUCCUCUAUAGACAGUGAGUUAAGUGCUUCAGAAUUAGAUGAAGAUUCAAUUGGAUCCAAUUAUAAGCUAAAUGAUGUAACCGAUGUGCAGAUUCUAGCUCGGAUGCAGGAAGAAAGUCUCCGGCAAGAAUAUGCAGCCACCACAUCUCGGCGCAGUUCUGGUUCAUCUUGCAAUUCUACAAGACGGGGUACUUUUAGUGAUCAGGAACUUGAUGCACAAAGUUUAGAUGAUGAAGAUGACAGUAUGCAUCAUGCAGUAUACCCUGCUGUUAACAGGUUUUCACCAUCACCACGCAAUUCACCUCGACCAUCACCUAAGCAGUCACCCAGAAACUCACCUCGGUCACGGUCUCCUGCUCGGGGAAUAGAAUAUAGUAGAGUGUCCCCGCAGCCUAUGAUUAGCCGCUUACAGCAACCUCGCCUUUCACUUCAAGGCCAUCCCACAGAUUUACAGACAAGCAAUGUUAAAAAUGAAGAAAAACUAAGACGCAGUCUUCCAAAUUUGUCCCGAACAUCUAAUACACAAGUUGACUCAGUGAAAAGCAGCAGAAGUGACUCAAAUUUUCAAGUGCCAAAUGGAGGAAUACCUCGCAUGCAACCUCAGGCUUCAGCCAUACCUUCUCCAGGCAAAUUCCGCUCCCCUGCAGCACCGUCUCCUUUGGCUCUCCGGCAGCCAGUGAAAGCAUUUAGUAACCAUGGCUCUGGUUCUCCUGGUAGCCAGGAAACAACACAACUCACACAAACCACCUCGUCACCUGGGCCUCCCCUGGUUCAGAACACGGUCCCAGCAAAUCCUCCCAGCAAUAUCAACAGCGCCACUCUAACCAGACCUGCAGGGACAGCCGUGAUGAGAAGUGGCUUGCCCAGACCCAGCGCCCCUUCUGCUGGGGGGAUACCAGUGCCUCGCAGCAAACUUGCACAGCCUGUCCGCAGAUCCUUGCCAGCUCCUAAAACCUAUGGUAGCAUGAAAGAUGACAGUUGGAAAGAUGGCUGUUACUGACCAGCAAAGACAAGAAAGCAGAGGUCCACAGCGUCAUGGAUACCCCUUCACCAGGCUAAAAGACAACUUUUAUAUGCAGACUGUUCAGAUAAGACUCUUGGGAUUUAUAAAAUCCCAGCCCUCUCUGUCUUAAUUAGCACAAACUGACAGAGAUGAUCAAGCAGCACUUUAAUGACAUUUAACAUCAGAUGUGUUUGGUAAUCAUACAAUCACUCUCCAUGGAAUCACUUUUAGUUUUGUUUAAUACAAACUAAGUUGAUUUUUUAAUAUUUGACAGACGCCAAUAUCUGGGCAAACAAACUAAUGGAUGCCAAAGAGAAAAUGCCCAUUUGUAAAUGAGAGAGUACCUUUGUGCACAAGAAAAUGGUGAAUUGAAGCUAUCCAAAACUUCAUAUUCAACGUAAUUUACUGUUUAAAUGGUAUCAAUAAAUACUUGUUUUCAUGAGAAUUAAUAUUCUAAUUAUCUAAAACGUUUCACUAGUGUUUCACAGGUACUCUAAGAAACUAGACUGAGAUGGAGGUGGAUGGGGUGGGAAGAAAUCUGGGCUAGAGAUUUAAAACUUGAUACCUAAAUUUGGAACAAUUCUAUAAAUUAUUUUUGCAGACUCAUUAGAAAAAUUGUCAUUUUGUUUAAUCGUAAGUUUUGGAUGGAGCUCCCACGUCACCACCACCAGGUAGCGUUACCGCGUGCAUCCGUCACAUUGCAUCGACACAUCGGACUUCUGUGUUUGUUUUGAUUGCCAAAAGGGCUCAAUGUCAGUUGUACAAUCUUUCUAACUUUAUAGCUCCUGGCUCAGGAAAGAUAGCCUUUGCUAUUGAAGCCAACUUCUCCACUUGCUGUUAUCUGUUACAGAACCAAGAGAUCUUGUUUUUAUUGGCAGGUCGCUAUGAUGGGAAAGAGCAAGUAAUAUGUGUCUUUAUUCUUGAUAUAAAUACCACCACCUCAGUGCUUAUUACCUGGAACAAAACCAUACAGUGAGGCAGGGGAAAUCUAUGCACUUAACUUUCAAAAUCCCUGGCAAUGACAGUUAUAUUUUUACUGUUAAAUGACACAACGGUCUCUUAUGUGGUAGGAAAACAGCCUGCUGAAUCCUGCCUAAGUUGGUCCACUUUAAACUGAGUAACUGUAUAAACAUCCUUUGAAAAUACUGUCCCUUUUGACUUAGAUUCUGCCUUACAUCGUUUUUUGCAUUUUUGGUAAUAAAUGGAACCUACUAAAUGUGACUAACAUUUAAAUACUUGCUCUCUAAUGGCCCUUAUGUAUACCCUGGGAAUCACUUGUUUCGGUUUUAUUAGACUAUUACCAGACUGCAGUGUCUUUCUGCAUCAGGCUUCUCGUUUUUCAUGGUGAGAUGUCUGUUUUUAAAUUUUUAAUUUGAACAGCUCUAACAUAUUGGCAGUCAGGUCACGUAAAGGACUUUAGAGAUUUGAACAUAAGUUCAUUUCCCGUUAGUCCAAGACAUUCUGUAAGUUGGCAAAAGAAAUUGAGAGAGAAAUGGGAAGCCUGAUAUUUGGGUAGCAUUGAGGUUGACAUGUCGAGGGAAUGAUAAAACCAAGACCCCUGCCGUAACUGACACCGUGGUAGUCUAUUAGCUUGACAGGUAGGGAGUCAUUCAGCCAGCACAAGCAGCUGGAGAUUUAAACUGUCAGUGCUACUGGAUUUAGGUGUAUAAUGCAAGGAAGAAAUUUUAUCCUUGAAUUUGAGGGUGAUGGGGGUAGAUCAGGAAAGGAUGGCGCCAGAAUUCCACAUGAUGAGCAAAAAAAUGUUGCUUUUCAGAAGAAGAUAAAGCAUCUGCUUUGGGUGUGGGGGGAUACCAUGUAAAAAUCUAAGCAAAAGAAAUAACUAGCCACUUUCGCUUUUUAAAACCACAUAUACACAAAACAAAAUAGGUCUCAGUUUUCAGUACAACACUGCAAAAACUAUAUGUGUAUGUGUAUGUAUAUAUAUAUGUGUGUGUGUAUAUAUACAUAUAUAUAUAUAUAUGCUGCAAUCUAAUAAUUAAGAGGAAAUUUAACUCUAUUAUGAAACACCCAUUACAUUUUUAAGUUAGAUUAUCAGUUUCAAAAGGAGUAUUCAGGUUAUUUAACUUUGUUUUUAAAUGGCUGCAUCAGAAAAAAAUGUCUAUUUUUUUUAUUAAAAUAUUUCAUCACUUGUUAAAAAUGUAUUUGGAUCUGAGUUGGGUAAAGUAUUAUUUUACCUGUUUACUACCACAGACUAUUGGCUUUUAGUUUCCUAAAGAGAAAAAUUGCCUUUUUACUAGAAAGCCUUUGUGUGUUGCCAAUUUUUCUGUUUGGGAAAAUCUGAGGAUUCACUGUGGUUAGGCUUACAGGAGAAAUGUGGAUUUGAUAAUCUAGUGCCUAUGAUUUUAACUUAUGUUUGAUAUAUAGUAGUAGGGGUUUUAUGAAUGUUGAUUAUUUUUUUGUGCCAACAGCCCAGAAUUGUCACUUAUAUGUAAGCAGAAAGAGAUGAGCUCUGCUUCCAAAGUUAUUUAAUUUUCUCAGUGUUUGAGUGUUAUUUUUUUGUGUGUUAAUAAAAGUGUAAAAAAUUGGAAAAAAUAUAAAUAUUCUUAACUCAA